AUGAAGCUACAUGAUUGUAUAGAUGACGAUUUCAAAGCAUGGAUUGAGAAGCAGCAUGUCUUCUUUGUGGCGACUGCUCCCUUGAGCGGCAAUGGACAUGUGAACCUUUCUCCCAAAGGGUAUGACGCUCUCCGCAUCAUCGAUGACAAGACCAUUUGCUACAGGGACUUGGCGGGCAGUGGCAAUGAAACUUCGGCACACAUAGCUGAAAAUGGACGACUUACGUUCAUGUUUUGUGCGUUUGAGGGAGCACCCAGGAUUCUUCGCCUCUAUGGCAAGGGUGAGAUUCUUCUUCCCGAUCAUCCCAAGUUCAACACCUAUCUCUCCAAGCACUAUCAGAAUGACAUGAAACCAGGUACCCGACAGAUCGUUGUCAACCACGUGGAUCGUGUGCAAACAUCUUGCGGAUAUGCCGUUCCAUUCAUGGAUUUUAAGGAAGACCGAACAACACUUUGCAACUUUUUUGAGAAGAAGGGAGGAGAGGGUUCCGUGGACUACAUGAGAGAAAAGACCCCACGCACCUCUAUUGACGAUAUUCCAACGCCACAAGGCACAAAAUUCAACAAAGAAGAGGGGGUCGUCAACAAAGGCGGUUCCCCUGCUAUCUGGAAAAUGGUGGCAGCAUUAGUGUUACUUCUCUCAGUGGCCAUUCCGGUGGCCUACGGCGCAGCGGGUAGUAUCUAA